CGGCCGUACAAGUGCCCGUACCCUUUGUGCGGUCGGGCGUUCAGUCGUCUAGAACACCAGACCCGUCAUAUACGGACGCACACGGGCGAGAAGCCAUUUGUCUGCGCAUUCCCUGGCUGCGAGAAGCGGUUUUCUCGAUCCGACGAGCUCACUCGUCACUCGCGGAUACAU